AUGGCUCACGGGUACCAUCAGCUUGCCGGCGAACUGGACGCGGCAGACACCGACCCAAAUCGAUCCCAGACCACCAUCUGCUUGCCCUCUCCCUCUCCGGCAAAGCGAGUAUCAACCUACUAUCCCAAGAAGGGCCCACAGGCGCUGGAGGACUCCAACCCGGACCCCUUCUAUCUGGAGCACUCGUUGACAGACACCACCUCCCUCUACUCCUGCUCCACCGACCUGCGCGAUGUGCGCUGUAGCGAAGACGGAACUGAUCAUUACCUGUCCUCCAUUCUAAGCCCGGAGAACACGGUGAUCCCCAUGCACUCAGCGCGCAAAGCUGUUCAUCGGUCUACACUCUCUCGACUCGAGUUUGAACACAACAUUCAUUUCCAUCCGCCGUCCCUCCUUCAUCUCCCGGAGCGGCCACUCUUGCAGCAGUAUAGCCAGGACUCUUUCAGCUCGGCGCAGAGUGACGCCACUACCCCGGAUCUUACCCCGAGCAGUUCCUUUUCAUCCACCUAUUCGGCGCCUCUGUGCCCGGAGAAGGUUUUGAAAGCCACAGAACAGCUCUCCUUACACGCGGCAUACGCUCAGAAGGGCGCAGCUGCUGUUGGAAACGCUCCACGUUUCCCACCCCCUGCGACCCCCCCAGCUCAUCUGCGCUCAGCCUCGUGUACAGUGCCGAGCUCCCCGCUUCGCGCCAUCACACCCAUUGUCUCGACUCGUCAUCAAUCCUCUGAGAUGCUCAUGAUGAAUCCAGGCACCAACGCCAUGUCUUCCUCAUCCAACCGGACGAAGCCACUGCCGAGUUUGCCUCCAGUCCUCGCUCGCAGUGCUACUGUCCAGGUGAAGAAGAUACAGACCCAUUCCGCACGAUCCCAUAUCGAGCCCUCCAUGAUCUCGCCCCCAAGCCUGAUCAACCCUGUCACCCUUGAACCUCACACCUCUCAUUUCGACCAGGCCUUCUUUAUCCCUGCGAAUGAAGUCCCGAGCCCGGUCCCCAGCCCAGUGGCCAACUCAUCCCCUCUCACCCGCCAAGCGACAGAUGCCUCGAUCAAAGAUCGUCCACCCAGCUCGACUACGACAGACCCGCACUGCGAGCAGUCGGUUUGGGAGUCCGAUUCGGAGACCGAGUCCAUCGGUCCCAAGUCGCGUUCCCGCAAGCCCAUCGACACCCUCCGAAAGGUACGCAGCAAAGUGCAGCUACGGGUCGCAAAAUCGGCCACGAAACUCAACACGCCCAUCCAAGAUGAGUCGCCGAUGGAGAAGUUCCCCACCAUCCACGAUGUCGAGUCCCAGGAAAUGCUACGUGACGAGGUAAGGAUGGUUAUCUACCCACGUCCAGGCAGCGAGGUUUCCCGUCCAUCCACCCAGCAGACACUCCGUCUCGUGGCCCCAUCGACGACCUCACUGGUGCGGCCUCGUUCACGCAAUGGAAGUACCCAGAGCGAUUUCAACGUUGCUCGCACGACGGCCGCUGCAAUGCAUGCGCGAUCUCGACGCCAGAAACGGUCGAACACUCUAGAUGCCACCACCACCAUUACCCCUGCAUUGGACCCGCCGCCGCCCAUUCUCUGCCGUGACAAGCGCACGGAUCUGGCACUGCAUCACCACCCGAUCUCUCACCCCGACCGCCGUGUCUCCGUCCUCAAGCGCUUCUGGGGCUCGUUGCGUGUCCUCAGCUGCCAC